AUGAGAAAUAUAGUUGAUUAAGCCCCAAAAUUAGGUGAGAAAAUAUCAUGGUUUCCAGGUCAUAUGUACCGUGCAUUACGUUUAAUGCGUGAUAAACAAGAAAAUAUUGAUUAUUUUAUUGAAAUAAGAGACAGUCGUAUACCAAUAUCAUCCCGUAAUCAAGAAUUUGAUGAUUUAUGUUAAUUUUACAAUAAAAAAAAGAUAAUAGUAUUUAAUAAAUACGAUUUAUCAAAUUAACGUGUAAUAAAUAAUUUAGUAGAAAAAUACACAAAAGUAGGAAUCGAUUGCUUUUCAGUUUCGGCUUUAAAAGGAACUAAUAUGCCUAAUGUAAACGAAUAAAUAUUAAAAAGAAUUUAAGGAAAAUACUCUACAGUUGGUAUUUGGUUAAUGAUAUGUGGAAUGCCUAAUGUAGGAAAAUCUACUAUUAUUAAUUAAUUAAGAACACUUAUUAGAUAAAAAUCUAUUAAUAAAUCCGAAGCUACUCCUUGUACUACUAAAAGUAUUGUCGGAGUUAAAAUUAGUUAAGAUCCUCUUAUUUAUUUAGUUGAUACACCAGGGGUUAUGAUUCCUAAUAUAUAAGAUGAUGAAGUAUUUACUUAUAAAUUAAAAUCAUUAAAAUUAUCAUUAGUUGGCUGUAUAAAAGAUGUUAUUCCUGGAAAAGAAAUAAUUUUAGAUUAUUUAGUAUAUGUAUUGAAUAAAUAUAAAAUUUAGAAAUAUAAAGAAUAUUAUGGAAUUAAAUAAGAAAUAAAAUGUGGAGAUGACCUUUUUUGUUUUAUAAGGGAUAAAUAUAGACAUUAUAACUACUAAACUACAUAUGAUAUGAUAAUUGAUGAUUUUCGAUAAGGAAAGUUAGGUAAAUUUACUAUGGAUAUUAUUGAUUUUUGA